AUGGUGUUUAUUAUUCUGAUGCUACUAUUGGGGUGGACUCAAUCUUAAGGAUGUUAGCCUUAUGGAAUUAGAUUAUUUUUAGGACAUUAUUUUAGUUAUUUGAGAAAUAGUUAAGAUGUUAUUCGAAUAGUUUUCAAUACUGAAGUAUUUUAGAUGCUUUGAUAAUUUCUAGUAAGAAUGCAGAGGUUAGUUCGUUCUUGAGUUGAUGGAUGGUAAAACAGAUAAAUAAUUGAUGACAUCCUAAAUCACAUAUUAUGAUACUCAAUUAUUAAACAUGACAUAAAUAUAUGAAAAGAAUUAAACCACUCAUUAUAAUUAUGAGACAUUCAUUCAUACAUUUAAGAUUGGUUUAAAUAAUUUAGAUGUAAAUGUAUCAACAUCUUAUAAUUACACAAUUGUUUCUAGAUAAAAUUCAAUAUUAUCUGGUCCAUAUAAAUUUGAUAUUCCUUUGGCAUAAAAUGAAUAAAAAAUGUUAGUGUUUGGAGAUAUGGAUUCAAAUUGGGUCUACAAUUAUUCUAAGGAUACAUUUAAUUGGUUAGAGAAUUAAGUUAAGUCUGAUAAACGAUAUGAUACAAUUAUAUUCACAGGAGAUAUGGCAUAUGAUUUAGAAUCACAUAAUUGUAAAUAGGGAGAUAAUUGGCUAAGAAAUAUUUCAGUAUUUACAAAUAGAUAUCCAUUUAUGGCAACACCUGGAAAUCAUGAUAAUGGAAAUAAUACUUUUUAUGAUUUUUUUAGAGCUAAUUUUGGUGCUCUAUUUUUAAAGGAAUAUAAUACUUAACAUUAUCUUAAUGAUUUUUUUAGUUUUGAUGUUGGAAUGGUACAUUUUAUAUCAUUUAAUCCAAUCAAAGCAGUUUAUCAUAAUGAUGUUAAUAAUAUUACUCAUUUAAUAGUAGAAUAAAUGAGAAAUGAUUUAAUUCAAGCAAAUUAUAAUCGAGAAAAAGUACCUUGGAUUAUAGUUUACACUCAUUAUCCAAUAUAUUGUUCAGCUCCUAAUAGUGAUCAAUGUUUAAAUAAUUUUAACUAUUUAUCAGCAUUUGAGGAUCUAUUUGUAUAAUAUAAUGUAGAUUUAUAUUUAAGUGGACAUGUACAUACUUAUUAAAGAAAUAAACCAUAUUAUAAAAAUAAUAUUGCUUAAUACUCAUAAAAAGAUAAUAUCAUUUCUAAAUAUUAAUAUCCUGUAUCUAUAAUUGAAGGUAUUGCAGGUACAGAUUAUGGAGAAUAAAAUGAAACAUUUCCAGAAAAACCAUUUAUAGAGAUUUAAAAUCCAAAUCAUGGAGUUGGAAUCAUUACAAUUAAAAACUCUACACAUUUAUAUUAUGAACAUAUCACUGUUGCAGAUAAUAAAGUUAUAGAUUCUAUAUGGAUAAAUCGUUCUAUAGAUAUAAAUAACAAAUCUAAACAUGAUGGUUUUGAGAUUGUUAUGUGGGUAAUCUUUUCUAUUUUAAUGGUGAUAACUGGUGUUUCUAUAUAUUUUAAAUCAAAUCAAGGGAAGAAAAACAAAAAUAAACUAUUGGAUGAUACAAUAAAAAUGGUUGUCAGUUGA